AUUAAACCGGCAUAACCCUGACCCUAACCCUAACCGUAUUUGGCCGGCGACGAUUCAAGAUCGCCUCUCAACUCAAACCAAACCUCCGUUAAACCCUCUCAAUGCCCAACUCUCAAAUUUCGAGUUCAUCCACCAUUUCUCUCUCUUUUCCCACAAUUUGAUCUCCACACAAACCAGUCAAAAACCAUGUCUUGCUCUAAUUUAUCAAUGUGGGUCUCCUCAAACCCUUCGACUCAUCAUCAUCUAUCUUCACUGUCUUCACAAUCUCAACCGAACCCAUUUCGCCUACUUCACUGUAUAUCAUCCCCAGAUAGUCUCACAGCCCCUUCAAUUCGCUGCGGUCUCCGAGAACUUCGAGAACGAAUCGAUACUGUGAAAAACACCCAGAAAAUCACCGAAGCCAUGAAGCUAGUCUCCGCCGCGAAGGUCCGGCGAGCCCAAGAAGCUGUCAUCAAUAGCCGACCUUUUUCCGAAACCCUAGUUGAAUUCUUGUAUAGCAUCAACGAACAGCUUCAAUUAGAAGAUGUAGAUGUUCCUUUAACAAAUGUUCGACCUGUCAAGAAAGUUGCCCUUGUUGUUGUCACUGGCGAUCGGGGUCUCUGUGGCGGUUUCAACGCUGCAAUUCUCAAAAAAGCCGAGACCCGGAUCACUGAAUUGAAGGAAAUUGGGUUAGAUUACACUGUAAUUAGUGUUGGGAAAAAGGGUAAUUCGUAUUUUCGUCGUAGGCCUAAUGUUCAUGUAGAUUGGUUCAUUGAAGGGGGUAGUUUUCCCACGGCAAAAGAGGCUCAGCUGAUAGCUGACGAUGUUUUUUCGCUAUUUGUGAGCGAAGAGGUCGAUAAAGUUGAGCUUUUGUAUACCAAAUUUGUGUCUUUGAUUAAGUCUGAUCCGGUAAUCCAUACAUUGCUUCCAUUGUCAGCCAAGGGAGAGGUUUGUGAUGUGAAUGGGAUUUGUGUUGAUGCAAGUGACGAUGAGUUCUUUAGGUUGACAACUAAAGAAGGGAAAUUGAUUGUGGAGAGGGAUAGUUUGAGGUCUAAGAAAGAUGAAUUUUCACCUAAUUUGCAGUUUGAACAAGACCCAGUUCAGAUUCUUGAUGCAAUGAUGCCUCUAUAUUUGAAUAGUCAGAUCCUGAGAGCAUUGCAAGAAUCGUUGGCGAGUGAGCUAGCAGCAAGGAUGGGUGCAAUGAGUAAUGCAACAGACAAUGCUGUCGAGUUGAAGAAGACCCUUUCCAUUGCUUACAAUAGGGAACGACAGGCAAAAAUCACCAAUGAGAUAUUGGAAAUUGUUGCUGGAACCGAAGCACUUCGAUAGUUUCCAAUGGUUUUGGCUCGGUUUGAUUGUUCUUUCUCUCUUUGUUUAUUAUACUGGCCCUUUUUUUAAUUCAUUCAACAUGCUUGCUUGAAAAAACACCAUGUUGAAUUGGAACUGCGACUUAUGUAAUCUAGGUUACUAGACUAGAGUUAGGACUACAUUUUGAUUUAAAAUGAAAAUAUUUGUUCCGUGCUUCUGGUUUUGUUCUUAAUGUAUGAUCAACAUUGCUCUGAUCCAUUACUGAGUUAUUAUUUACCUUUUUCCAUUUGUUAUUGGGAUCAAAGCGGCUUUGAAUUCACAUAUAUGCCCGCUCAUGCAAAGAAUUUGCAUUCCAUUGCGUUUAUGCAUCCAAACUUUCUGUGAGGUGAUUCUUAGUUUUGCAGCUCAAAUAAUUAGGCUCAUCUUACCAAGUUGAAGCUUCCUGCUGUUAGAAAAUAGUCAAAGUUUAAUGAUUUGGAAUACCAAAAGUUUGGUUUGGAGUAUUAGGCCAGUUGAACCUGUUAGAAGUAAAGUAAUGUUGAUUUUAAGAGUAAAUUGAGAGUUAAAUUCUCUUAGCAGUCACUAGGGAUUGCAGUUUGUGGUGCUCCAUUUUGGAAAGCUAUCUCUAUUUCAAAAGGCAAUAAUACUUUAUAUAUGCAGAUAGAGUAGUAGAUCCGACUUUGGUUCAAAAUUAUGGCAGGAUUAAAGACAUCACCAAAGACUCUUAGCUUCAUUUUGUCAUAUGAAACCUUGGCAGUUGAAUGGGUUUGAUGACCGCAAAAGAGUAGCUUUAAGCCUUUACUUGGUAACCAUGAUUUGUUCUGUAUUUGCCAGUGUUGUCCCUCAUAAUGGCUUAUGUGAAGGCAUUGUGAAGACUAAUCGCCUGAGAACUCAUGCUGGCAGAACUCAGCAGGGCCGAGCAAAAUUCAGAGAAUGUAUACAGAGCCUUGCCAGCUAGCACAAUUGGGUUUUGUUAUAGGAGUUGAACUAGCAAGAGUAGCAGGAUAGACAAGCAAUUUUGGACUGUUACUGAAUGGAAUAUUUCAGACCUAGAUUCUCAAUUAUUUCGUAUGAUAAGAAGCUUCUGGGAAAUGAACGGCACCAACAAAACCAUUUAUUGAUUUGUCCAUUUUCAUCUUGUACCCUAUGAUGUUUACCAAUCCAUGGCUGUAAGUUUGGUACUGGCAAAUUUGGCUAAUUUAUAUGAUGAUUCAAUUACUUGCACUGUUAUUCAUAUAAACUUUGUUGAUGUUGUUGAAGAAAUUAUUUAUAAUCGGUAUUUCUGAUA